CAAAAUGUGGGAGCAGACGCCCUGUCGAGACAGGGGCCAAGGCCCGGGGAGUGGAAGCUCCACCCGGAAGUGGUGGACCUCAUAUGGAGAAAUUUCGGUCAAGCAGAAGUCGACCUAUUUGCAUCGGGAGAGUCAACCCAGUGUCCACUCUGGUACUCCCUAACACAUCCAGCACCUUUGGGUCUGGAUGCCAUGGUACAGACGUGGCCGAGGCUACGUCUGUACGCAUUUCCCCCGUUCGCUCUGCUCCCGGGGGUUCUGGAGAAAGUACGCCAGGAGGGGGCCAGCCUGAUACUGGUAGCCCCGUUCUGGCCAACCAGGAUAUGGUUCUCGGACUUAGUGUCCCUACUAGACGGCUCCCCAAUGGAGCUUCCCCUCAGACAGGAUCUCCUGUCGCAAGCGGGCGGCACGAUAAUACAUCCUCGCCCAGAACUGUGGAAGCUAUGGGCCUGGCCUCUGAGGGGGCCAGGUUCAUAGAUGCUGGUCUCCCAACUGAGGUUGUGGAGACCAUCCUUAACUCCAGAGCUCCCUCCACGAGGAAGCUAUAUUCCUAUAAAUGGAAUUUAUUCUCUACUUGGUGUAGACAAAAUGAUACGGACCCUGUCCACUCUUCCAUAAGCUUUGUGCUAAGAUUCCUUCAAGAAAAAUUCUCAGAAGGCUUAUCCCCUUCUACCUUAAAAGUCUAUGUUGCGGCUAUCUCAGCCUAUCAUGCUCCUCUUGAGGGGGAUUCCUCGGUUGGACGAGACCCCCUCGUCACACGCUUCCUCCGUGGUACACUGAGGUUGAGGCCUCCAGUGCGCACAAGGGUUCCGGCCUGGGACUUGGCCGUGGUACUGCAAGGGUUAGCCGAGGCUCCCUUCGAACCAUUAGAGGAGGUUCCAGAAAAAUUCCUCACUCUAAAAACUAUUUUCCUACUCGCUAUCACUUCCCUGAAAAGGACAGGAGAUUUACAAGCACUUUCAGUUGCUCCAUCUUACCUGGAAUUUGCCCCAGGAAUGGUGAAGGCAUUCCUUCAUGCUAGACCUGGCUAUGUGCCGAAGGUCCCCACCAAUGUCCCAGGCCCUAUUGUGCUCCAGGCCUUUUACCCUCCUCCCUUUGGGAAUUCGGAUCAGGAAAAGCUGAAUCUGCUCUGCCCAGUGAGGGCUUUAGAUGCGUACGUCCACAGAGCUGCCCUGUGGCGAAAAUCAGAUCAACUGUUUGUCUGUUAUGGGUCCCCUAAGAAAGGGGGCCCAGCAUCGAAGCAGAGGAUGAGCAAGUGGGUGGUCGAGGCCAUCUCACUUGCAUACGAAGCGGCCGGACAGCCUUCCCCACUGAAUGUCCGUGCCCAUACUACUAGGGGUAUGGCGGCAUCAAAAGCUUUGAUGUCUGGAAUUUCCAUUGAUGAUAUAUGUGAUGCAGCUGGAUGGUCAUGCCAGCACACAUUUAUUAGGUUUUACAACCUGGAUGUCGGCUCCACUCCGGGGUCUUCUGUAUUGUCAAGCUAACAUUGGCAAGUACUUGAAGUUACGGCACAGCUGGGAUUGCGUUCCCAAUGCGUUAUACGCAGCGUCGACAGUUCCCACGAAAGGGAACG